AUUAUUCAGCUUUGAGGUAAAACUAGCUAUAAAAGGGACACAGAAGGGGCAACUAAAAUUAUGGGAGUUGCAUAUAAACUCUGCUGCAAUCAACAGGUUCACCUACAAAUAUACUGAAAGUCAAGGCACCCUUUAAAAUUAUGGACAGUCCCGAGGCACCUUUUAAAAUUAUAGACAGUCCCGAGGCACCCUUUAAAAUUAUGGACAGUCCCGAGACACCUUUUAAAAUUAUAGACAGUCCCGAGGCACCCUUUAAAAUUAUGGACAGUCCCGAGGCACCCUUUAAAAUUAUGGACAGUUUUGAGGCACCCUGUUUUAAA